AUGAGUCACAACCGUGCAAUAUGCGACAGUCCGUUAGGCAGCGUGGCCAAAGGACCGUGUAAUCGGACGGGUAUCAAAGGACCGCUUUCAGAGGGCAGCUUCAUGGCCAUGCCUCAUGCCACCAAAGGUGAACUCAAGGCACGCGCACGCUCGUUUACGUCAGACCGUCAAGUCGCGUGCGGAUAUAUGGGGUUUGGGAGUCUACUUGCCGACUUACAUCCUAAGACGCCUCCCAACAGCCCACGCACGGCUCCUUUGGAGCCUGUGCUAACCGAGCACAUGUCUAAGAGAGUUGAGUUUUAUCCGAAGAACACGGUCAUCAGUGCUAGCUGCUCCAAUGGUGAUGCGCUUUCAUUCAUUGGGUAG